AUGGGAAAAGAGGAAAACAAAGUCAGAAAAGACAAGGAAGAAAGGAUGAGAAGAGAGGGGGAAGCGGAGCUGGCUGUCGGGCCGACGCAGGUCAGCACCAGAAGCAUGAGGAAGGCGAUUCCCCCUAAGGAAGGGUUCGUAUGCUCCGCAUCAAAUGCGGGGAACUCGCAGACGGAGGAAGCGACGAAGGUAGAGGUGACCUCCGCUGUCGAAGCUCCUCGUGCGAAGAAAAGGAAGACUGGCGGACCCACCGAACUCCCCACAGAACGCGCCAAAGAGAUGGAAGCAUCUACAACGGCGGACAUAGGAGCGGAACUGAUCCAUCAGACGUCCGAACUCACCAAGAUGGCCGAGACAGCCCGCAACCUUAAGGGCACGCAGGCGAGGACGUUGAAGGAAGUGGCGACGACCAUAGUCCGCGGGGUAACGGAGAUGGCUAGAAGGGCGGACCCCGCCUCUGGCGCGCUUGCGAUAAUGGAAGAACGCAUAGCGGCGCUGGAGGCAGAAAACGAUGCGCUUCGAAAAGAGCUGGCCUCGCGCUCCACGAUAGAGAAGAGCAGCGAGACAGCGCGCCUCGACGCGAUCGAUCGCAAGAUAGAAGAACUGGGCUCCUCGCUGGCCCAACGGAUGGAGGAACGCAUCCAGUCCAUCGAAAAGAGAAUAGGAAAGGAGGCCGCCCCCGAGGAGAUCACGAGAAGAGACCCGGAGGAGCCGGAAACACCAGCCACAGCAACGAGGGAGGAAGAACAAGCGACCGCCACGGAAUGGCAGACGGUCGAAGGAAGAAGAAGGAAGAAAAUGGAGGCAGCCGGAAAGCAACCGGCGAAAAUAACUCCCAGGAUAAGGGCAAAGAGCCCGAGGAAAGCCUUAGAGGGAGGAUCGAAGAACGCGCUAGGGGUGGGGGGGGAACAAGCCGCCCGCCCCCUACAUACAACGCGAACCUCAGCGGUGACUAUCACGCUGAAGGACAGAACGAGCCGAUCAUAUGCGGAGGUGUUGGCUGAGGCCAAGGACAACGUCUCACUGGCCGAGGUCGGAAUCAGCACCGUGAGAAUGCGCAAAGCACUAACAGGAGGCGUCGUCCUGGAGGUCCCCGAGGACCAGAAAAGGGAGAAGGCCGCUGCGCUGGCAGCGCGGCUGACCCAGAUCCUGGACCCAAGCAAGGUCCGCGUGGCGACACCCUUCCGAGCUGCGGAAGCAAGGGUGAUCUGGAUAGACAUCUCGGCCACCAAAGAAGACGUAAGGAACACCCUGGCGAAGGAAGGCGGCUGCAGGGCGGAGGACAUCCGACUGGGGGAGACCCGCCUCGCUCGAAACGGCCUUGGAUCUGUAUGGAUGCGAGGCCCGGUCGGGGCGGUGAGAAAAUUAGCACAGGCUGGCAGGAUCGCUAUAGGUUGGUCGAUGGCGAAAGUCGAAGCCAUCGAGAGAAGACCGCUGCAAUGCUACAAGUGCCUAGAGACCGGGCACGUAAGCAGGAUGUGCACCUCGAAGGAGGACAGGGGGCACCUAUGCUACAGGUGCGGCGACCCGGGACACCAAGCCAGAGCGUGCACAGCGGCGAACCCGAAAUGCCUGAUCUGCGAGGCGCUCGGGGCACCAUCGGUACAUAGGAUGGGGGGACCGGCCUGCGCCCCCCCCCCGAAGAAGAAAGCAGGAGGAAUCACCCGCCGAUCCACGGUCGCAAGUGGCAGCGGGAGGGACUCGCUGCCGCAGGGAGCCGACCCUGAGCCGGCGAGCAGAGAGGCUGGCACGGAGGAAGCCACGGAGGCGAAGACAUUAGGUGAUUGA